AUGUGCGUCUGCACGCUUUUUGGUCACAACUGUACCAACGAGAAGGAUAUUAUUGAUGUUAUUGGUCGGCGAACGCUAAAAGAACGCCACGAACUUCGUUUACGUUACGCGGAACUCUACCGAGAGGAUCUGGUGGACGUAUUGAAUGCAGAGUUGAGCGGGGAUUUCCGCCAGCUCGCCAAAUACCUCUUCUUUGGGCCUAUCCAGGUGCUCGCCCUCCAAUUGUAUAAAUUACUGAAAACAGAAGGGACAGCUGACACAGCUCUCAUUGACAUUAUCUGUUGCUGCAGCCCGACCGACUUAUCUGCUCUACAGAAAGUCUACAAGGAGGAUACGUCGCGAACUCUUGCGAAUGAUGUUGAGAAGAGAACUAACGGAACUCUCCGAGAAUAUAUGAUACUGUUUUUAAACACGGAGAGAAAAGCCUUUUCUUUUGCCCAGCUCCAAACAGCUGUCACUACUGCAGAUUGGGAUGUCCUGGUAAAUUUCCAGGAGGCUGAAAACAAAGCCGAGCGCAUCUUCUCUGCUGUGAACACGUAA